GCGCAGACGUCAAACGGCUAUCGUGAGCUGUAUAUCUAAAACUUCAAGUAAGCGAAGAUUUCGUAUUAUACACCAUGUCUUUAUUCACGCCGAUUGACAUUGGGGAUUUAAAGCUUUCUCAUAGAGUGAUUCUAGCUCCAUUGACAAGGUACAGAGCUGUGGGAAACAUUCCCAAUAAGAUGAUGGCAGAAUACUACGAACAGAGAUCAUCGAAAGGUGGGCUAUUGAUUACUGAGACUACUUGUAUUUCAGUUAGAGGAGGAAUUAAUAGAAAUAUGCCCCGUAUUGACACGGAAGAAGCGGUGGAAGGGUGGAAAAAUAUCGUGGAAGCUGUUCAUGCCAAAGGUGGGCUUAUAUUCUGUCAAUUAAACCAUUUUGGAAGAACGUUUAAACCACAGGCUUCAGAGUAUAAUGCCCCAGUUGUAUCAAGCUCCUCGGUUCCUAUUGACGGUGAAAUGUACCAUAUUCCUAAACCAAUGGAUGAAACAGACAUGAAACAAACCAUUGAAGAUUUUGUAAAUGCCGCUGACAACGCUAUCAAUAAGGCUGGUUUUGAUGGUAUCGAACUACAUGGAGCAAAUGGGUAUUUGUUGGAUCAGUUCAUAGAAGAUAACAUUAAUACUCGGACCGAUGAAUUUGGCGGAUCCAUAGAAAAUCGGUGCAAAUUUCCGUUAAUGGUGUUGGAUGCGGUCAUUGAAAAAGUCGGUUCAGGUAAGGUUGGGUAUAGAAUCAGCCCUUGGGACGUAUUUCAGCAAGCUAAUGAUUCAAACCCAAUAAAGAACUUUUCUUAUUUAUGUGAACAGUUGGAGAAGAGAAACAUUGCAUAUGUUCAUGCUGUUGAAGCCAGAUCCGAUGCUAAUGGAGGACGUGAAAAUGAUGGGAAUAAACUGGCCAGUUUAGACAAAUCAUUACUCAAAAGUAGUGUUGCGAAGCUUAAACCGUGUCUUCCCACAACCCUGCUUAUCUCUGCCGGUGGGUGGAAUAAAGACAAUGCUUCCCUUGAAGGAAUUGAAGUGGAUGCUUUGGCAUUUGGCAGAUAUUUCAUCAGCAAUCCUGAUCUUCCUAAUAAGUUGAAGUUGGGAUCCCCAUUGACACCUUAUAACAGAGAUACUUUCUAUACUCCAGGAACAGCUAAAGGGUAUACAGACUAUUCAAGCCUUGCUUAGAGUUUAAUAUAGAAUUCCUUGAUCAAUUAUUUACGUUUCAAUAAAUCUAAAAGUUGUCUGUAAA